AUGAAGAAGCGUUCGUCCCUGAAAGUUUCUUCUUCGUCCUCCACUUCCCCUUCUCGCCCAUCUGCAUCGCCUUCUUCCCGCCGCCCUGAAAUGCGCCGUCCCAACUAUAAGAGACGCAAGACUACCCACGAAGAUAGUCCUCCUUCGCACCACAAUGGCACAACCGAUCCCCUGUUCACCGAGAAGCCCUCAGCCGUCUUCACCCCCAAGGGUGGCCGAUCGCAUACACUCAGCGUUGCCAUUCCGGGCAGCAUCAUAGCCAACGCUCAUUCCGUCGAGCAAAAGACCUUCCUAGCCGGUGUAAUCGCACGCGCCCUUGCCGUAUUCUGCGUCGAUGAAGUUGUGGUGUUUGACGAUAAUGAAUAUGGCGCCCAUUGUGAUUAUUAUGACCAUAGAGUCUCCUAUGACUCACCCAUUGCCAAAACUAGAGACCAAGUUGAUGGCGAUACAUCCUCUCCAAAAGCAUAUACCGCGAAUUCAGACCCCUCGCACUUCCUGACUCACGUCCUGUCGUAUCUUGAGACUCCACCAUAUUUGCGCAAGCAUCUCUUCCGCAUCCAUCCCAAUCUUCGCACCGCUGGAUUGCUGCCCAGCUUGGACAUGCCUCAUCACUUGCGUGCCAACGAGUGGUGCGACUUCCGUGAAGGCAUUGUCGUUCCUAGUUCAGCGCGGAAAAGUAACCCGGCCAGCAAGAUCACUCAGAUGAGCAAAGAUCAUCCUUUCCACCGUCGUAAUAGCUCUACUAAUAAUGGCCCUGCCACAAUUGUUGACACGGGUCUCUCACAGAAGAUAGUUCUCCCAAACAUCCACCUCCCAGAACAUGCCCGAGUCACUGUUCGAUUUCUCCAGCAUGAGUUCCCCUAUGCAGAACCCGUACACCCAUCCACCCCUCGUGCCGAAGCAGGUUAUUACUGGGGCUACUAUGUGCGACGAUGUCGAUCUCUCUCUUCCGUUUUCACGGAAAGUCCCUAUGACGGUGGCUACGAUCUGUCCUUCGGCACGUCCGAGCGUGGUGUGCCUGUCUCCGCAGUGCUAGAGGAGAAGCCACAACAAGCACAUGAUCGCUACAAGCAAGGCCACUCCUUUUGUCGGGAUCAGAUAUCGCCAGACUUCCAGCAUAUCCUUGUCGUCUUCGGUGGUGUCGCUGGGAUUGAGGCAGCCGUCCGGAACGAUCCUCAACUCCGUGACAUGGCCAUCCGCCCAUCCGAUGCUGGCAAGCUCUUCGACUACUGGGUAAAUUUCCUACCCGGACAGGGAAGCAGAACCAUCCGCACUGAAGAAGCCGUUUGGAUGGGGCUAACGAGUCUCCAAGGCCUGCUUGAUGGCACCCAUCGGUUGAGAAAGGCAUACCGAUGUGAUCACGACGGUUAA